AUGAACGAACAAGAAAACAUGUUCCUCAAUGAAGGACAUUUGUACUUUCAACACUAUGCUUUACCAGUACCAAAAGUUUUCCGAGAAAUGGAUUGGUGCUCAAGAAUGGCCGGCAAGAUCUCCAGAUUUAACGCCACUUUAUAUUUUUUUUGGUGUCAUUUAAAAACACCAGCCUACAAAACACCUGAGAAUAUUCGAAAACUCAAACAAAGAAUAAUUCAAGAAUGUAGGCAGACAACUCUUGAAACACUUCGUAAUGACAAACACGGAGGAGCGUGGUGCCCAAGGCAGAUGGUUUCCAGAGACGCGAAAGAGUUCCUCGAGAUAAGCCUGGAGGAAAUGACCGUGAUCACGGGGUGCCGCACGCAGGGUCGCUAUGGCAACGGUCAGGGUCAAGAGUACGCCGAAGAGUACAUGGUGGAAUAUUGGAGACCUGGAUUUAGCAAGUGGGCCAGGUGGAAAAAUCGUUUGGGAAAAGAGUUCAGGCUCAAUCGACUGUUAGAAAAAGGAGUAAAUAAAUUAUCAGGCUCAAGAUCGCUUCAACUGAGGGUUCGCAAUUGUCUAUUAUGCCUCAUUUGUCGGCAAGGGGAUACAGUGUAG